AACAAAAGAAAGGGAAGGACCAUGCGGUGGCGCAGUAGGAGCCCUCUGCAACGUCAGAUAUCGACUGUUUAUCGAAUUUUAUAUUCCAUUUACCGUUUAAUUUAAUCCCCUCCCCCUCCCCCUCUCCUCUCAUUCUCGCCUCCUCUUUCUAUCUCUAGCCUGCUCUCUCUAGCCUUCUCUCUCAUCAAAGCGCCUUGUGUCGCUUGCUUCGAUCCAAGCCUCCCCCAUUUUGUCUCUCUAAAGCCAUCCAUGAAAUCAUCGCAGGUUUAUUGACCUUGUAUCAAGGCAUAUUCUUUUCAUUUUGUGGAGGCAAACGGGGGAUCCCAUUAUGCACAGAUUGAGGUCCAAUAGAAAGAGAAAUCAGGAUCUUGAGUUAAGAUUAGGGCCUUCAACUUUGCCCAAAAGGAGCACAAUGGCCACUAGGUGCUCUUUGAGCUUUCCUAAUCCAAUCACCAUCGAGGAUGACGACGAUGAUGAAAUCCAGAUAUCCACUUCUAGGGCUUUUGCCGAGGCAAGGGGUGUAUCACUUCAUGGGGCAUCAUGGGGCACAAUCAUUACAGAUGAAGAUUUAGAAUUGCGUCUUGGAUUUGGAGGACACAGUGGUUACAGUGGUAAUCCACCUCGUGCAAUUAGUAUUUGUGAUGAUGGAGAAGAGGACGAUUUGAGAUGUGUCAAGAUUCGUGAUCAUGGUGGCCAGGAUGUUAGGCCUGUAAAAUUUUUGGAUCCAAAAUCCAAAUCCCCCUACAAGAUGGAUUUGGUAGUGGUGGACUCACUGUAGUAAAAGAAGAAAGGCGGGCUGGCAUCCACCAGUGUGGAGGUGAAACUAACAUGUGCAAUAUGCAUGGACACAAUGAAGGAGGAGACUUCAACUGUAUGUGGCCACCUCUUUUGCAAGCCUUGCAUAACAAGUGCCAUCCAAGCCCAAAAAAAAUGCCCUCAAUGUCGCCGAAAACUCUCUAACAACAACAUCCAUCGCAUCUAUCUCCCAGGCGCAAACUCUUGACCCCCCUCAACUGAUUAUUUAGCAUGUCUGCCUUGUGCCGCUAAAAUUUGGCAGCAUUUCUCGCACGAGCUUUGGGAAUUGAAAAAGCCUCUAAUUUUGGAUGUUGGAUCCAUUAGUCAACACAGCCUUCGGUGAAGGUGUUUUAGUAAAAGCAACGAGGGGGAUAGAUGUUAUAAUUAAUCUUUUAUUAUGGAAAUUUGUAUGUGGCUUAUCAUAUCGUUGUUAAUCUAUUUUUUUUUUGUACCCUGGUCAGUGGAUGCAAUUGGGUAAUUAGUAUGUGAAUCCCUUGCCCUUUUUGUUUUUCUGCAUAGUGAUGUAGCUUAACUUUUAGUUUGUUUGUCCUAAAAGAGUUGUGUUUCAUAUCUCAUUGUUCUCAAA